UGACCUAAAAAGAUGAUUAAAGGUGAUGAAAGAGAAAAGGUCAACACUUUUCUUUUAAUCAGCAAAGUUUUUCACCUUCACUUUCAUCUUCAUCUUAUUGAUUAGUUUGUUUACUUUGGUUGUUUCCAAACGAGACACCCUUUACUUUUCAGUCUCUUUCGCUUCUCUCUGUCUACUUUCUUUAUUAAUAGUUGGUGGACCUUCAACUUUUCUCAUCAUUUUCUGAUUCUCUCUCAAUCUUAGUGUUUCAUUUUCUUUGUUCAGUAAUUAAUCAUGUCUGGUGUUACUCAAGUUUCUUCAUCAAAAUCUUUCAAUGGAUUCCAAAAGGUGUUCAGUCACCAAAGUGAUGAAUUAAAAUGUGAGAUGAAAUUUUCCAUCUACGUCCCACCCGGUGCAUCGGAGAGCAACAAGUGUCCAGUUCUCUAUUGGUUAUCAGGGUUAACCUGUACUGAGCAAAAUUUCAUUGUGAAAUCGGGAUUCCAACGUUAUGCCUCGGAGCAUAAUCUUAUCGUCGUUGGGCCUGACACUUCACCUCGAGGCGCCGGUGUUGAGGGUGAGGAUGAUGAUUGGAAGUUGGGAACUGGUGCCGGUUUCUAUGUGGAUGCUACUCAACCCAAAUGGGCCAAAAAUUACCGAAUGUUUUCCUACGUUACCAAGGAAUUGAUCAAAGUGGUUGAAGAUAAUUUCAAUUUUGUUCUACCUGGUGUUAGAGCGAUUAGUGGCCAUUCAAUGGGUGGACAUGGUGCUCUUGUUUGUUCACUUCGAUCUCCUGGUUUAUACAAAUCGGUUUCAGCUUUUGCUCCAAUUGGCUCGGCCAUGAACACACCGGUGGGAAUCAGAUGUCUCACUGAAUAUCUUGGCCCUGAUCCUGAAACUUGGAAAGACUAUGAUGCCAGUCAACUGAUCGCUAAAUAUAAUGGACCUCCCAUCAAUCUAAUUGUUGAACAGGGAAGCGCUGAUGAAUUUAGUGCUCAAGGUGAAAUUUUGAUCGAGAAAUUAACUGAUGCCUGUAAAGAAGCCUCAUUUCCAAUUGAUUAUCGUUUCCGAGAUGGUUAUGAUCAUGGUUAUUACUUUGUUUCAACCUUCAUUGGUGAUCAUAUCAAGCACCAUGCAACCAUCUUGAGAUCUUAAUUGUUCUCAACAAUUAAAACCUUUUGCUGAACAUCAAUGAUUAAUAUCAAAUUGUAUUUGAUUCUUUUUAUCAUUUUUCUCCUGGGGAAAAUAAAUUAACUUUCUUUGGAUAAAA